AUGGACUUUUGGUCGCGCCUCCUAGCGGGCACUUCGCUCUCCCCCUCCAACAACCGCAAGGUCGACGCCGCAAAGGACCCCACGAAACGCUUGCACCGGUUCGAUAAGGAAUACAACCGCAUCUUGCAAAUCUGGAGAUCCUCCUCAAACCUCGCCAAUGACGUCGACGCCGCCGAAACCCUCGAGAUCAGGCUUCAAGAGCUGACCAACAUCCUCAACGACGAGUCCCGACGCCCGCUCCCCCACCCCUGCAUCCAAUAUGCCGCGAAGAAACAAGUCUACGUGCCCAUCGGCAAGAUAGCGACCACAUCCUACAACGAGUGGAUUAUCAAGGAGGCCGUACUUUUUUUUGCGACCCUGCUCGAGACCGAGGAGGAGGCCUUUGUCGAGAAUGUCACCUUCUCCGCCAGUUUGACCAACCUGCUGGUCCGCAUCACCGGCGUCAACAGCGUUCGCCUGGGUUCCGACACCGAGGCCAAGGUUGUCGAGCUGGCGUUUAACAUCACCACCAAGAUCCGCCUCAACCGCGACAUCCUGCACGCGUGGUUCAAGACCAACCACGAUGGCGCCCCGAAGGUCAAUCCCCAGGACGACCAAGGCUCCUUCGCCGGCCGGACCCAACGGCAGGACUUUCCGCUAUUCUACAUUUUGAUGGACUACAUUCAUCACGAGGGCAAGGUUGGAGAUUUUGCCAGGACGGGACUGCUGUACAUCAUCGAAUCAGCAUCCAGCGACGAGUCGUUAGAGCAAUGGAUUGUCGAGAGUGACCUGUCUACGUUGAUGGCGACGGGUCUGGGAGCCCUCUACAGCCAGUUGAGCCGGAAGCUCGUCAUCGACUACCCUACCAAUGGCCUCCCCGCUAUUCUGGCCUUCUCCGACUACGAGCGUCCCACCUCCACUUUUGAGAUCAUCAGCUCCUGCUCUGGCGACUUCCAGGGCCACAUCGAAACCUUCCUCUCCCAUCUCCUCUUCUGGCAGGACGUGCUGGACCACUGCAAGUCGGUUGAGGUGAAGCAGACACUUCUGGAACACUUCCAGGUCAUUUUCCUGCAGCAGCUCCUAUACCCUUCGCUGCUGGAGUCGUCUGAUAUUGACGGAGGCUCGUCCGUUGCCGUCCUUACCUAUCUCCGCCGCAUCCUAGAAUCCCUCGACCACCCCGACAUGAUCAAUCUCAUCCUCCACUACCUCCUCGGUCUCCCUGACCAUGUCUCGACUGGCCCCUCAAGUGGUGGGCGCGCUUCCAUCAGCGCAGCUCGCAAGCGCAAGUCCAUGGACCUUGCAACCAUGCUGGCCCAGACACAAUCCGACAUCACCGCUACACCUUUGCUGUUUAACCUCGUUGAUCUCAUCCAAGCGUGCUUGCGCUCCCAUAACCAGCAAACCAUCCGUGUUACGCUCCAGCUAGUCUCGGCCAUUUUUAAGAGACACCAUCGCUAUGCUGUGGGCACGCUCUUGCGCACGGAAACAGUGAUUGGCGACAAGAUGCAUCGCACGGUCGGAGCACAUGAGCAGGAGGUCGACUACCUCAUGAGCCUGGCUGGUUCGAUUGGCGGCCAGGACAACUUUGAUGAAAUCUACGAGAAUGUCCUGAAGGAUACAAUGACACGACUGGAGGGCCAUCCCUGCUCUUUGAAGCUCGUCGCCCCCAAGAUUUCCACCAACAACCAUGACCUACCCGCUAUUCCUGAUACGCUUCCUGGGGCGCCACGCGACGUGCACGAGCACACGCUCCGACCGGACGAUCCCAUGCUCAACACAGUGCUGGACCUUCUCGAGACCUUCUUCAUGAACCCUGUUGACACAAACCUCUCUCUGACCGAGUCCAUUUUGGAUCUAGCCAUCUGCGGCUAUAUGACGGUCGAGGGAUGGAUGCUCCGAAAUCCUCAAAAAUACACUUACGAUGAGCAGCCACCUAGCCCGACAUCUCCUGACGCAUCAACGACGUCGUUCAGGCCUCCAACGGACCCUGAUUCCACAACGUCCGCGGAGCAACAAACCCUUGCAGCUCUUGACGGAUGUCGUCGUCGCCCCGUCUGGACCCAGUCCUCUCUGCCGCGUAUUCUCAUCGUUCUCCAGCAACUCUGUAACCAGGUAGCCCAGUACCGCGAGACGGUCCCCCGCUUUGAGGACCUCCUGCAAAGCCGGAGAGAGGCGUUCCAAACUGCGGAUAACCGGCCCACGCCGCCGCCAUUGCCGCCUCGCAAGCCGACUCCGCAGAGACACAGGUCAGCGCAUACCCCGGAACGCGAAAGUCUGGAUGAUGCACGCAGUGGAUCGCCGGCGCGCCCGUCUGGCCUGGAACGUUUUGCACAACGCCUGGUCUCGGAGUUGAGCACUCCAACCCGGUCAGGAACCCCCAGGGGAAGAAAGAACAGCCGUGGUUCCGGGACUAACAGCCCGGCCCCGGGCAGUCUAUCAGGCGGAUAUGGUCUGUCUACCCCGACGUCCCGGCCUCUUCCCCCACCAAAAGACACUCCCUACGACCAUGCCCCAAGAAGCGUGACAGAUGAAACUGGUUCGUCGCAUGGGCCUAGAGACCCCGUGGCCAGCCAGGCAGCUGCGUUUGCAGCGAUUGACCAAAGUAUUCUCGCGCGUAAGGUCGGCAUUCCUGGCAAGGUCGAGGCCAUCCCGCUGGAUCUCGGGAAGAAGCCGACUCUACAUAUGCCGCCGCCCAAGGACGACGAUGAGGAGGCAGAGCAGGAGGUCACGGAAGAAGGAGAGCAAAAGGUUGAGCAAGAAGGAGAGCAGGAAGCAUCAGAAGCCCAAGAGGCCCAGCCGGAGCCAAGCGGCGAUGGUACCGCCGAGGUCAAGCCAAAGCCAGAGGAGAAGAAGGCGGAGCGUACCGCUUCGGUCUCGCAUGUGCUCACGAACGUGAUUAUACUGCAGUCUUUCCUGUUUGAGCUCGCUGCCCUGAUCCAGGUGCGUGCCGGGCUCUUCAACGAGGUUCGCUACGCCUGA